UCAGAGAGUAGUUGUGCCCAUUCCCACACACACAAUCUCGGCACAACGCCACCAGCCCGAAGGCGAAUCUCUUUUCUCCAGCACCUCCACUUUGCUUCCGCUCUUGAAUCGCAUCAUGAUCGCCCCCGCCAAUAUAGCAAAACCCCCUCUUGGGAAUGUUUUAUUUUUUGGCUUCUUCUUCUUCCUGCUGCUUCUGCUCUUUCUUUCUUUCUUCUUCUGCCGCUAUCAAUCGACACCACCAAUAUGCUAACUACCGCGUACGCUUCUUUCACCUCCGGUGCUGACGGCGGUCCCACUUCCCUCAUCGCUCGACUCUCCUCCAGCGACCCCGAUGUCAAGCUGAGCGCCCUGCGGGAAGUCAAGAACAAGAUAAUCGGCAGCAAGAUCAAAAAGCUCGGCGCCGUACCCCGCGUCGCCUCAAUUCUUUCCGCCGCAAUUGCCGACGGCGACUUCUUCCAGCCAGCUCCCGCCGCUUCACCACGGGGAAUGCUCUACUAUGCCAGCAAUGUCGUCGUCCAAUCAGCGGCAGCUCUCGGCAGCUUCUCCUACGGAUUCGACGAGGGAGUUCAGGCAGUUCGCGCCGGCGCUCUGCCGCUUCUGGUUAGACUGCUCGAUCAUCCCGACGACAAAGUGGUGGAUGUUGGUGCUCGAUCCCGGAAAAUGAUACACCAGUCCGAAUUUGCUCCCAAAUAUGAAAUCCUUGAACGUAAAAGCUUGGAAUUCCUGGUUCCCUUACUGAAUGGAGAGGGUUUGGAUAGCUGCUGCUCCCUCUCUCUCUUAGGUCUGCGUGAAGCAAAGUAGAGUUGGUGUAGGGCUUAGGAUUUA